AGUCGUCUACCACACCAGUAUAUUUAACUUCUCGCGGACAUCCUGCCUUUACCCGCUGAUGCCUUCUCGUCCUGCAGAAUAUUUGUCCCUUCACCUCGGAAGCAAACCCCGAUAGUCCUCAGUAUGAAAAUGAUGGAGCAGGAUACACCCCAUGAAUAUGAUGGCCAGCGGAGCAAUACAACUAGUCCCCGAGGCUGUUCUUCUCCACCACUGUCGCAACCUGUGGCCCCACGAUCUCGACCGACCCUCCGAACAAGGACAAGAAAGAAAUCAGCCAUUGCGUGUAAUACAUGCCGUGCUAGACGGACAAAAUGUGACAGCCAGAGGCCCUCAUGCUCGUACUGCCAGUCUCGUAACGUCAACUGCCACUACCCACAGCCUGUAGCAGCUCCAGAAACUAGAUAUGAAGUUGAGCUUUCUACCAUCCGUCAACGUCUCGAUCACCUAACUAGUAUUCUUGAGGGUAGCUCCUCGCCGAGGCCCCUACCUGAAACUAGCGGAGCAGUGGAUUCCACGACGACAAGAGAACAAUUAACUGAUUUUGGAAAUACCCCAUAUAAACUGCUCAACACGCGACGCAUGAUGGCUGCCUUAGGCCUAGGAGAGGAUAUUGUCGAUGAGCUUACUAGGCUAGAAAGGAUUCCUUUGGCAUCCCUGGGCGCUACUGGCGCUUCUCGGUUAUGCUUUGUCCAGCAUCACCAAGCUGCUAGCGCCCUAGCGGCUUUCUUUGAGAACGUCCAUAUCUGGUAUCCAAUCCUAAGCCCUGGAUUUUCUAAACAGUACCUUAGCAUCAUAUCCGGGCCGUUGACACCAUCUCCCAAUUCAUGUCUUGUCCUACUAGUGGCUGCAGUUGGACUCUUGGCCCAGGAAAUUGUUUCCAAUGGCGAGCUCAUCGAAAGCACACACAGCUCGUACUUUGAGGCUGCAAUGACAAUGUUGCCAAUAGUCGUGUCAGACUGCGAGUUAACUAGCGUAAAAUGUUUAGUUCUAAUCAGCAUCUACCACUGCUGUCUUCUCAAGCCUUAUCAGGCACAUAACUACUGCCUUAUUGCGUCCUCCAAGAUACAAAAUCUUCUCAAAAGUUGUGCUAGCAUAGAGCAAUGCACUCCGGAGACCCACGAACAGGCAGUUCGAGUUUAUUGGGCUGUUUUAUUGCUCGAAAGUGAGCUUGGCGUGAAUUUUGAUGUUGCAAAUAGCGGCAUAUGGACCCUAGAUGAACACGUCGGACUUCCAGACUGCAGCGACACAUGCCAAUAUGACAUUGGGGUUGGGUCCCCUCUCGCAGUAUUGUCUCCUUCAAGCGUAUCAUCAACAGCUAGUGCAGACAUAAAUAAAGUCCAAUCGUAUUUCCUCGCGGAGAUUUCUAUGAGACGCAUGUUACGCAGAUGUAACACUGCGAUUGGACGAGGUGCAAACGGAACAAUAUGCUAUGCGCCAGGAAUCGCAGUCGAGCUUGAAUUACAGUUGGAUGAGUGGUAUAACUACCUACCGGAAGUAAUUCGAUUCCAUCUAGAUUUCGCCACUACGACGUUUGAAGUUCCGCUAGAUGAAUGUCCGCUCCGUAACUUCCUGCGCGUGCAGUAUUACUGCUGCAAGGUUGCAAUAUACUGGCCUGCAGUAUACCAGGUGAUGGAAGAUGGGAUUGCGAAUGGACAACUCCUUGAUCAUUGCCAAAAAUUCUUUGCGUCGUAUGUUCAACUCAUGCCAAGUAUCAUAGCCGCUUUCCACGGCUGCAUCGUGAAUAGGUGGACAAUAUUUGCAAGCAUAUUUACGAACACUAUGGCUGCUAUGAAAGCUGCAAGCACUAGUUGUUUGUAUGCCAGUAGUUCUCCGGAGCUAUACCAGUGUUUUGCCUUAAUAAGAAAUGUUGAUGAGCGUGUCAUUGAGAGAAGCGCAUCUUUGUCUUUGCUAAGGAACGAUUUGAUGGAGAAACUUGUAGCCGGGUAGUAGGAAGAAAGGCACCAUGAAAAUCUGCUGCUAGGAAAAGCUACGGGA